CAAUUUCACAUUUCUUUCUGUUUAAUUUACUCACUGUCUUAAUUUAUAUCUCUUCACAAUUAUUGGUUAUCUAAUUAAUCAUUUCAAUUUUCAUUAAUUUGUGGGUUAAUAAGCACUUUUAAAGUACUUCUGAUUAAGUCAAUGGUGUAAUCAAUACAACAAUCAUAAUGGAUGAACCGGCAAAAACUCAUGAAGAGAUAGAGGCUAAGAUCAGGGAGAUUCAAUCUCGUAAAUCAAAUUUAGCCAAAUCUUCUAAUGGAGAUGGAGAGAUCAGUAGUGAUGAUAGAGUUCCUUUCAGUGCCUCUUCAGGUGUUAUGGAUAAAGACAUUUAUGGAAGCGUUCGUGACAAAUUUAGUGGCUAUGUAGACUCUAUUGCAGCAAAUGAUGAACUUGGGGAUGAUGAUGAUGAUUACGAAUUAGCAGAAAAUGGUUCAUUUGCAAAAAAUCAAGUUGUGGCUCCAAAACAAUUUUUUGAAGAAGUUGUUGAUAAAGAUCAUGAUCCUCUAGCUGGUAGAAGGGUUCCUAGGGUUGCUGAUCGAGAAGAUGAAUACAGAGCUAGGCAUCGUAAGCUCAUGAUAUCACCUCCUCGUAUCGAUCCAUUUGAGGAAGGUGGGAAAACUCCUGAUCCAAAAUCAAGAACCUAUCAAGUUAUUAUGAGGGAGCAAUUGUCAAAAGAGGAGCAAGAAUUGAAGAAAAAGAUCGGAGAAAAACCUAAAACUGACGAAGCAAAAUCCGACAGCGAAACUAAAGCAACUCGAAGACGUAGAUGGGAUCAACCUGCAACAACCGAUGAGCCACCAGCUAAAAAAUCCGUGGACUUGCAUGAAGCACAAACACCUGCAGCCCCUAAUAGAUGGGACGAGACUCCCGGUAGAAUCGGAAGAGGAGAUGCAACUCCUGGUCAGGCAAUUUGGGAUCCAACUCCAUCACACACAGGUACUACACCGAUGACUCCAGGCCAUGAAACACCAUCAACUAAAGCUAGUAGAAGAAAUCGAUGGGAUGAAACUCCCAAAACUGAGCGCCUAGAGACUCCGAGUUUGGUUUCUGGAUGGGCCGAGACUCCACGUACAGACCGUGGUGGUGAUCUUGCAUCAGAAACACCUACUCCAGGUGCAUCUAAGCGCCGAUCUCGUUGGGAUGAAACUCCAGCAGGUGCUACUGGAGCUGCAACACCUUCAACUCCUUCAAUGAUGACUCCAAUGACUCCAAUCACACCAAGUGGAGCUACCCCUAUUGGUAUUAAAGCCAUGGCUAUGGCUACUCCAUCACCAGGACAGCUUCUGAUGACACCUGAACAAAUGCAAGCUUUUAGAUGGGAGCGAGAAAUCGAUGAAAGAAACAGGCCUAUAUCAGAUGAUGAAUUAGACACAUUAUUCCCGCCAGGAUACAAGGUUUUACCUCCACCUGCGGGCUAUCAACCAAUUCGAACUCCAGCUCGUAAACUAACUGCGACUCCAACACCAAUGUCUGGUAUUUCGUCUGAAAGAUUCUUCUUCCAAAAAGAAGAGACAACAAAAAUAAUGGACAUGGAACCAAAGGGUCAAAACUUACCUCCAUUGAAACCUGAAGAUAUUCAAUAUUUUGAUAAACUUUUAUCAGAAGUAGAUGAAGAAUCGUUGAGUCCUGAUGAACAAAAGGAGCGUAAAAUAAUGAAAUUAUUGCUUAAAAUUAAAAAUGGAACACCUCCUAUGAGGAAAUCAGCUUUGAGACAAAUAACUGAUAAAGCCAGAGAAUUCGGAGCUGGACCACUAUUCAAUCAAAUUUUACCACUUCUCAUGUCACCCACUUUAGAAGAUCAAGAAAGACAUCUAUUAGUCAAAGUUAUUGAUCGUAUCUUGUAUAAACUUGACGAUUUAGUUCGCCCGUAUGUUCAUAAAAUUCUUGUAGUCAUUGAACCUCUUCUAAUUGAUGAAGAUUACUACGCUCGUGUUGAAGGUCGAGAAAUUAUUUCUAAUCUUGCUAAAGCUGCUGGUUUAGCUACCAUGAUUUCAACUAUGCGACCUGAUAUCGAUAACGUUGAUGAAUAUGUCAGAAAUACAACAGCCCGAGCUUUCGCAGUGGUUGCUUCUGCUCUUGGUAUCCCUUCAUUAUUACCUUUCCUCAAAGCUGUAUGUAAAAGUAAAAAGUCAUGGCAAGCUCGUCACACUGGUAUCAAAAUUGUUCAACAAAUUGCCAUACUCAUGGGAUGUGCUAUUCUUCCUCAUCUAAAAAGUUUAGUUGAAAUUAUCGAGCAUGGAUUAGUUGAUGAGCAACAAAAAGUUAGAACCAUAACUGCUUUAGCAUUAGCAGCUUUAGCAGAAGCAGCAACACCUUAUGGUAUCGAAUCAUUUGAUUCAGUUCUCAAACCUUUAUGGAAAGGUAUUCGUACUCAUCGUGGUAAAGGUUUAGCUGCAUUCCUUAAAGCUAUCGGUUAUCUUAUACCUCUCAUGGACCCUGAAUACGCCAAUUACUAUACAAGAGAAGUUAUGGUUAUUCUGAUUCGUGAAUUUUCGUCUCCAGAUGAGGAAAUGAAAAAAAUUGUACUAAAAGUAGUCAAACAAUGUUGUGCCACUGAUGGUGUUGAACCUCAAUACAUUAAAAAUGAUGUUUUACCCGAUUUCUUCAAACAUUUCUGGAACCAUCGGAUGGCCCUUGAUCGACGAAACUAUAAACAAUUAGUCGAUACAACUGUAGAAAUAGCAAAUAAAGUGGACGCUUCUGAAAUAAUUCGUCGAAUUGUGGAUGAUUUGAAAGACGAGAAUGAAGCUUAUCGUAAAAUGGUCAUGGAAACGAUAGAAAAAAUCAUGGCAGCUCAAGGAGCGGCUCAAAUAGACUCAAAACUAGAAGAACAAUUAAUUGAUGGUAUACUUUACGCUUUCCAAGAACAAACAACUGAAGAUAUGAUAAUGUUAAACGGGUUUGGUACAAUUGUGAACGCAUUAGGCAAAAGGGUGAAACCAUAUCUUCCUCAAAUUUGUGGUACUAUUUUAUGGAGAUUAAACAACAAGUCAGCCAAAGUUCGUCAACAAGCAGCUGAUCUUAUUUCAAAAAUUGCCGUUGUAAUGAAAACUUGUGGCGAAGAAAAGCUCAUGGGCCACUUAGGUGUCGUUCUUUAUGAAUAUUUAGGAGAAGAAUACCCUGAAGUUCUUGGUAGCAUUCUUGGUGCUCUCAAAGCAAUUGUAAAUGUAAUUGGAAUGCACAAAAUGACUCCACCAAUUAAAGAUCUAUUACCACGAUUAACGCCCAUUUUAAAGAAUAGGCAUGAAAAAGUUCAAGAAAACUGUAUCGAUCUAGUUGGACGUAUUGCUGAUAGAGGAGCCGAAUAUGUUUCAGCUAGAGAAUGGAUGCGAAUCUGUUUUGAACUAUUAGAACUUUUGAAAGCUCAUAAAAAAGCCAUUAGACGAGCUACUGUUAAUACAUUUGGUUACAUUGCUAAAGCUAUUGGUCCACACGAUGUUUUGGCAACCCUUUUAAAUAAUUUAAGAGUCCAAGAGAGGCAAAAUCGUGUUUGUACAACUGUUGCCAUUGCCAUUGUUGCAGAAACUUGUGCACCAUUUACCGUUUUACCAGCAUUAAUGAACGAAUACAGAAUUCCAGAAUUGAAUGUGCAAAAUGGUGUUCUCAAAUCAUUAUCUUUUCUUUUUGAAUACAUCGGUGAAAUGGGCAAAGAUUACAUUUACGCAGUCACCCCUCUUCUCGAAGAUGCCUUGAUGGACCGAGAUCUUGUUCAUCGUCAAACAGCAUGUUCCGUUGUUCAACACAUGGCUCUUGGAGUUUACGGAUUUGGGUGUGAAGACGCACUAACCCACUUAUUGAAUUAUGUCUGGCCCAACAUCUUUGAAACAUCCCCUCAUCUCGUUCAAGCCUUUAUGGGAGCAGUUGAAGGAAUUCGUGUUUCACUCGGACCAAUCAAAAUGUUACAAUAUGUUCUUCAAGGUCUAUUCCAUCCAGCCCGUAAAGUUCGUGAUGUUUAUUGGAAAGUUUAUAAUACCCUUUAUAUUGGAGCUCAAGAUGCUCUGGUAGCUGCUUAUCCACGAGUCCCUAACGAUGAAAAAAACACUUAUGUUCGAUAUGAAUUGGACUACAUACUGUAACAUGAAAUUAUCUAUCAUUGCUGAACGAAAACUCAAAAGAAAAACAUGAAAAGCUUUCCAUUUUGAAUAAUUGAUUCAUCUGAGGCUAAUUGUUCACUAAAUCUGCAUCACAUCACUCUUAGUAUCCAUAAGUUAUUCAUGAUUCAUACCUCUUCAGAUUAUCUCUUUAUUUACUUAUUUCUUCCUUUCUAUGAGAGGAUAGCUUGUAUAUGUGUCUAAAAUAAUUAACUAAACAACAUUUAAACAUCUUCAUCAGCUACGCACCAAAACGGAUUGGUUAAUUCAUUUUUUUCUCAACAUGCAGUUAAAAUCUACAAAUAAAUGAAAUUUAAGUUUCAGAUUU